AUGCCAGGACGCAUGCGGCCAACAACGCUAUUCGUGCGGAAGAGCCACUGCAAGCGGACUGACGCCACGCCAAUUAUCUGCGCGCCCAUCUGUUGCCUGGCAUCCCCGGCGAAUUCGUCGCUCGUGAUCAGCUCCGCUGCCGCUCGGAGCAACCAGUGCCGUGUCGAGAUGAAGCUCCGCGACGACGCCCGUGGACUGCACGCGCAGGGAGAGGCGCACGAGCUCCCGCACGGCAAGCGACUUCUCGGCAUGCGCCGCCUGACGCCUGUCGGCAUCCCAUUCUUGCAAGCAAGCCAUUUCUACCGACCGCGUAUUUGGUCGACGGGACGGACGUUUUGGUACCGGGCUUCCUCCGCCGACUCGUCCGGCUAUGAAACCGAUACGCCGGACGAGGUGCAGCAGGAGGCGGUCCGCAGGGUAUGCGGCGCGCUCGGCAUGAGGGAGCAGUUUGAGGCGGCGAUGGCGGCGGGCGAGCUGCUCGAGAUGCUCGAGAGCUUGCCGCGAGGGGCGGUCGAGGCCUCUGUCCGACAGAUGCGGGGUUACAACCGCACGGGCGAGUGGCCAGAGCCCAUUCUCACCAGCCCUGCCCCGCAGCGCGGCCGCUCGCCAAGCCCCGUCGAUGAGUGGUCAGAUGGUUAG